UCCUCUUCCUCCUCCUCGCCUGCCCGCAGCGCCAGCCCAGCCCAGCCGGCUCGCUCUGUUGCGGGGAGAGCCAGCCAGCCAGCCGUCGCCCUCGCCGCUUUUCCCAUGGAUUUCAACAUGAAGAAGCUGGCCUCGGAUGCGGGGGUCUUCUUCACCCGGGCCGUGCAGUUCACAGAGGAGAAACUUGGUCAGGCCGAGAAGACAGAAUUAGACGCGCAUUUUGAGAAUCUCCUGGCUCGAGCAGACACCACCAAAAACUGGACGGAGAAGAUUUUACGACAGACGGAGAUCCUGCUUCAACCGAAUCCCAGUGCCCGAGUGGAAGAGUUCCUCUAUGAGAAGCUGGACAGGAAGGUCCCAUCUCGGGUCACCAAUGUGGAACUUUUGGCUCAGUACAUGAUGGAAGCGGCUACUGACUUCGGAGCCACCUCUCCCUAUGGCAAAACUCUCAUCAAAGUUGGCGAGACCGAGCGGCGUCUGGGAGGAGCCGAGCGGGACUUCAUCCACGCAGCUUCCAUCAAUUUCCUGACUCCGCUGCGCAACUUCCUGGAAGGCGACUGGAGAACCAUUUCGAAAGAGAGACGGAUCCUGCAAAACCGUCGCCUGGACCUGGACGCUUGCAAAGCUCGGCUGAAGAAAGCGAGGGCCGCGGAAGCGAAAGCUGCGGCGGUGCCCGACUUUCAAGAGACUAGACCGCGUAAUUACAUUCUCUCCGCCAGCGCAGCCGCGCUUUGGAGUGACGAGGUGGAAAAAGCGGAGCACGAGCUUCGGAUGGCCCAGACGGAAUUUGAUCGACAGGCGGAAGUAACUCGGCUUCUUUUGGAAGGAAUCAACAGCACGCAUGUCAACCACCUCCGAUGUCUCCACGAGUUUGCAGAAGCUCAGACCACGUACUACGCGCAAUGCUACCAAUACAUGUUGGAUCUCCAGAAGCAGCUGAAUAGCUCCAGAGGAGAAAUGUUGCCGGGGACUUUUGUGGGCAACACAGAGUCCACAUCGCCUCCGCCUAACGCUGCUUCCCCGACCGCCAUGGUUGCCGCCACGGGGCCCGCCGUGCCCACCCUCCCGGUGGUGCCCACGAUUGCCGGAGCGUCCAAUUCGGCUCCGGUGGUUGAAGCUCUGAACCCCAGCGAGGUGAAGCCCCCCAGCAGCGGGACCCGGAAAGCCCGAGUGUUGUAUGACUACGAUGCAGCCGACAGCAGCGAGCUUUCCCUACUCUCGGAUGAGAUGAUCACUGUGUACAGUCUCCCAGGGAUGGACCCUGACUGGCUGGUUGGAGAGCGGGGGAAUAAGAAAGGCAAAGUCCCUGUCACCUACUUAGAACUGCUGAGCUAAGCGCACCUGGCAAGGACUCUGCAAGAAAAUCAUCUCUUUCUCCUUCUUCUCUUCUUCUUCUUCUUUUGGAAACUGGUUCAUUCCGAGAUCCCUCGCUCUCACUAUUUAUUAUUAUUAUUGUUAUUAUUAUUUGGGGUUCUUAGGUUGUGUGGAUUAAGGCCCCAAAGGGAUGGUGGUGAAUCACUUCCAUUCUCCAGGGUUUCAGGGCCUCCCCUCCAAUUAUCCUAGUUGGCUUUGAGAAUUGUUGGGAGCUGCUGGGAAGACACCCCCAGCUCGUUGGGGAUAGUGGUGGGUCAUGAGGACUAGCCACUUUAGAGACCAUUCCUUCCUUCCCAUCUUAAUUUUUCUUUCCUUCCUUCUCCUCCCAUCUUUCCUCCCUCCUCUUUCCAUCCUUCCCUUUCUCCUUUUCUCUUUCUCUUCCUUCCUUCUCUAUCUUCCUCCCUUUCCUUUCUUUUUCCUUCUUUUCCUCCUUCCUUUCUCCCUCUCUCCUUCCUUCCUUCCCCUUAUUCUCACCCAAUUUUUUUCUUUACAUUUUUCGGAGCCUUCAAUCGAUUGUAGACAUUCCAGGCCGGGGGGUGGGGGGAAUGAUGUGGGGAGAGAAGGGAGGAGUUUUCUGAACGCAGGCCGAGCCUUCCCCCCUUUGCCCACCCAUCCGAGCCCAUUCCCCAACUCGGAGCCAGUCGGAGAAGAAAGCUAGUGGGGUCAAUCUUUCCGAUAGAAAGAUCCUAAGAAUUUCACGAAGAAAAAGAGAUGGAAUUUGCAACUCGGGCUGAAGUUUCUUUUUAACCGUUAGGCUUUGAUUAUCUGGCCAUGCACCAGUUUUCCACACCUUUGUGUUUCCUCUUGCCCUGUCUUCAGGUGUGCAAAGACACACCCACCCACACAUCUAACAAACACAUCUGCCUGCAGGUUGAGGAGCCCGGAUUUUGUCAAAUCUCUUCACGCUCCAUAGCUCCGAUCCUUGGGGCGCUUCUGCCGAACUCGAAGCCAUAUGUAGUACCAGUGUAACCUAGCACAGAGCAUGGAGCAGAUUCGGCCACCGUCCCGCCGCCUGAGGCCGCGUGGCUCAAAGCUUGACCGGUGCUUUUUUCCCCUUUGCGCUUUCAGGCUGACGUCGGGUUGCAGAGCCCUUUCUGUAAAUGCAAUCUAUUCCGAACGACUUGCAAACGUUUCUUUUGCUUGCCGGCCUGUUGUCCGUUCUCCCACUUGGGCUUCGUUUAUAUUAUCCCUUCUGGGUUUCUUCUUAAGAAAGCCACACGGGGUUUAGGUAACUCUGCUCUUUCUUGCAGCAUUUCUGAGCUUUUUACCAGGCUCUCCAGUCCUCCUUUCCUGGAGGGAUCCGCUGAAUGUCCCAGGAGUGUGGGACGUUGCCAAAUCUUUUGGGGCAGAUAUGUUUUGGCAGGCAGGAAGAUUCUCUGCCGGUGCAAUCUUCGAGCAAAAAAAAUCCUGUGGUUUUCACAAUACUUAAAAAAAAAAAAAAACUUCUGAAUAAUCAGGUUCCACCGGCAGGAGCUCGGAAGCUGCUUUGGGGGAGCCGAAAUCAUGAAUCCUAGAAACAGAAGAUUGGAUCUGAAGCUGUUAUUAGCAGCUUCAGAUCCCCUUCCACUCACCCACCCCGGUAUAAAACAUUUUAUUAUCCUUUUCUGAGUUAUAGAUGUUCUUUCCUUGUGUGCUCGGUUUAAAGCUUCUGCACGGUUUCCCCCAAUUUGAAUGGGGUUUGGGGCUUUUGGGGUUUUUUUCUUGCAUUCUCCGGUGUUUGGCAUGUAUCCCCCGGUCCGAGUCAGGAACCCCGCUGGGGCUACGGAUCUGAGAAUCCUCACCGGGGGGAGGCAGCAAGUAACUCCAGGCCCAUUUUUCUGGGUGUGUGGGGACCUCCUCCCCAAUCUUUCCUUGCAAACUGUUUGUAUUCUGCUUUUCUUUUUCCUUCCUUUGUCGAGUUCCUUUAACAAUUGCAGACUUUGAAACGGGCCAAGAGCUCAGAUGUAAAGGAAAUGGCCGACACUCUUGUUACUGCAAUCUUUGAUUAAUUAAAAGUUAAGAGCUGCUCUCAA